UUGACUUAUUACUAUUUUUAUCUGUAUUGAAAUAUUGUACCCAGUUGAUAUUUGCUUGUACUUUGUAUUUUUAGAAUACAAAUGGCGAGCGCAAAACAGCGGGCUAUUAGGAGAAAUUCCUCAAAAUCCACUAACCAAAAAUAUCCGACUCUUCUUCUCUCUCCUCCAAUCUCAAAUCUUUUGUAGCUCUGCAAUUUGCCUGUUUUUUUUUUUUUCCAUCACUAACCCGCCAUUUCCGACCUCCCCAAAACAAUUAUGCAAUUCCAACAACUAAUCACAAACAAUAAAUCACCGUCUCAUCACCACCGUCACCGGCACGGUGGCCGGCGAAUCAUCCACCACCAACCACUACAAUUUUAUCUAUGAGAAAAUCACCUUUCUUUGUUGCUAAUGGCUACGAAACAUCUCUUUCAUCUUUUCCGUUAAUUCCAGGUUCUACGAUAUUAUCAUCGCCUUCCCAUAUCCCUUCCGAUUACAAUUCUAGUUUUCCGUUAACAGAUCCGUAUUCAAAUUCUAGUUUGCUUUUUCCUUCUGCUCCCGUUGCAGACGGAACCUUUGAUUUCGUCACAAUUUGUUUCAUUUCUGGUCUUCUCCUUCUUUCUCUCCUUUCCUUCGUUUUCAUCUUCCAUCUCCGUCUUAGAUCCCGUCAAUAUCCGCAUCUUCAAAAUUUCAACUCUCUCUGGACCGUCCGUUUACUCCUCGUUUUCUUCGCUUUUCUCUGGGCUUUAGACGAAGUUUUCCGGCUACAUUUCAUUCGCCGGAAAUACAUUCUCCCAUUCUUACCAUCUCUAACCCUAAAUCAACAAGACAGUCUGUGUAAAGUUCAUGUGGUUCUCUCCCUGGGCUUAUUCGAACCGGGGUUCUUAAUCACUCUUCUUUUCUUAGUGAACGUGUCCAUUAAGAAACAGAGUCCAAGUGGAAUUUGGGUUGUUAUCGUUGUCUGGCCCAUUUGUUUACCCCUUUUGGUGCUUCAGAUCCUUUCUGUGUUCUUCUCCCCAUUGCAGGAUCAUAUACCGAACUACAUGCAUUCUAGCUCCUUCCUCUCCACGGAUGUCUUGGGGAACAAGACGGUGCUCUGCACUUACCCUUUGUACAGUUCCAUUUUGUUUGGGGGAUUUACUGUUGCUUACUUGUUAGCCUUCGUUUUUUCGUGUUGGAGGGUUAUAUCCUUUGUUAUUAACAGGAAAACUCAGGUACGGGUGAAUUUGCUGGCGACCUCUUUCAUGAUUGCGUUGCCUUUGCAGAUUCUGUGUUUAGUAUUGUUGCCAAUUCGGCCGGCGGAAGAUCCUAUCCACGGUGUUGCCGUUCUGGUGAUGUUCUUAGCUGCUGCGUGGUGUGUGGCGGUUGGGGAGGUUACUUUGGUAAUUAAGCCGAUUGCAGAUGCAUUUGCCGCCGGUAGAGCAAGCAGCUGCCGUUGGAAUCCCGGAGCUACGUUAGGACAGCCGAACGGCGACAGAGGAAGGGUGGAAGAAUGGAAUUCAUAGUAAUGAGUAGUGGCCAUGAUAGCCUUCGAAGGACAUCAUGGUCAUUUUACAUCUAAUCAACAGAUGGCGUUAAUAGUUGUAGUUAUAGUUCUUCAGUAUAAAUUUGAGUUGGAACUAAUAGUUAGUAUAGUUUCAUAUGUCCUCUUUAUUUUAUUGUUAGAAAAUAUUGUACCAUAUAAUUGGCAGUUGUUUCAGGAUCAUUAGAAAAGAAAAAUUAGCUGCUAUAGCCUGUGAAAUAGCCAAAUCUUUUCUUUCCCAUGCUACAGAGAAUGUUUCUAUACUAAUAUCUAACUUAUUUCUGGCUAAAGUUUUAGGUAUAAUUAAGUUUU